CGGACAACGGGGGACACUUCGCAAGGAGAGUGGGAACAAACGCCAAGGCCGCCAUCUUGUCUCGCAGCAUCUGGGCGCCCGCAGAGCAGGAGAUGGGCGGCGGCGGCGGCGGCGGCGGCUUUUCUCCUGCCUCGUCCCAUCCAGCUCCGUAAGCACCGCUCUCCCUGCACACUGGAGGCCAGAGAAGGUCGCCGGCCGCCAUGACCACCGCCGCGCGCUUCCUCAGGCAGCUUCCCGAGUGCAAGCGAGCGGGGUCCCCCUGGUCUGCCGCCGCCCGCCUGCCCGCCAUGCCUUGCUCUGAAGCCGACCUUGCCUCGUCCCCCAGCAAAAGGUUCAAGGCCUCCAUCAGCCCCGAGGGGCCCAGCCAGAAGCUCCGGUUCGCCAAGCUUUCCGAAAAUGCCUUUACCCCUUCCAGGGGCUCCUCGCGGGCGGCGGGCUAUGACUUGUACAGUGCGUAUGACUGUGAGAUCCCUGCUUCAGGAAAAGCUAUAGUGAAAACAGAUAUUCAGAUUGCCCUUCCUGCUGGGUGCUACGGUCGAGUAGCUCCUCGGUCUGGAUUAGCUGCAAAGCAUUUCAUAGAUGUUGGUGCUGGGGUUAUUGAUGAAGAUUACAGAGGAAAUGUUGGUGUCGUACUGUUUAACUUUGGAAAAGAACCCUUUAAGGUUAAAAAGGGGGACAGGAUUGCCCAGCUGAUAUGUGAACGGAUCUACUAUCCUGAAAUCGAAGAAGUCCAGGUGUUAGAUGAAACAGAUCGUGGUUCGGGAGGAUUUGGAUCCACUGGGCAGAAUUGAGAGCAGCUAUGUGCAAUGUAUCGUUUCAUUUUGUCUUGUAUACAGCAUUUUUGUAUAAAUAAAACUUUUUUUUUACUAGAUGAGUGGAAGUUACAGCUAUUAUGCAAGAAAAAGUAUGUAACAGUUUUAGUGAAAUAUGGCUUGGCUUGCUUGCUGUAAUGCUGCAGCAGUGUAAAUGAAUCUGCAAAGGAUAAAACCAUCAGAUACUCA